AGCUACAUCACCUCUUUCCCCAUCGAGCAAAGUUGCCCUUGCUGUUUUGCACUUGUUCUUCCUUGAUAACUUCACCACCUCCACCGUCACCUCAACGACGACGACGACGAAGACACAUUAUUAAGAUGACCUCGGCCGAUCUUUUCAAGAAGUUCACGUUGGAGAACGUGGCGCAGAUCGCCAGCAGCAGUCAAAAGGAGCAAAAGGAGGUGCGGGAGAAGCUGUACGAGCAGUUCCCCGCGCUGGAGAAGUACUGGGAAGACAUCCUGCCAAAGAAAUCUGACAUCUACAUCAUUCGGUGCCAGGGCCAAGUGCACUGCAUCACGCUUGUCAGUUCGCAGCCGGAGGUGCUGUUCUUCAAUCACCACGACGGUCCCUAUAUGCCGCACUUAAAGCUACUGCAUAAGUACCCCUUUAUACUGAGCAAGAACUUUCAGGUGGACAUCGGCGGCUGCCGGUACGUCAUCUCCGGCGCCAACGUGAUGUGCCCGGGGGUGACGUCGGAGGGUGGAGAAGUAGCCGAAGACGCCGAGGAGGAGGACGUGGUCGGGAUUUACGUACAAGGCAAGCAGCACGCGUGUGCCGUCGGCAUCAUGCUGAUGUCUUCGGAGGAGAUCAAGCAGGUCAACAAAGGGCCCUGUAUCGAGAACGUCCACCACCUCGGGGACGGUCUGUGGAUGAAUCCGAUUCUCAGCUCCUCGCACAUCAACGUGUAA